ACAAAUAAACCCAUCUCAUCAUCUCAUACCAAUUCCUUUCUAGUUUUCCUCCAUAACUCCCACAGAUGGGAAUGCUUCCCCAACCCAUUUUUUCAUCCGCUUUUGUGCGCAUCAUCACCAUCUUCUCCAUCUUGCUCCUUCUCCCACCAUCAUACAGCGAUAACGACAAUACUUCGGAGAAUUGUCAUCCGCUUGAAUUCCCCUGGAGAAACUGCGAAAAAGAUGUUCCCACUAUAGACGUAAAGCCAGAUGGUUCAUUCCUCCUGCGGCCCGCAAACCCAUCAGAUUACCCAUUGACGAUUGCUUCAAUGAAUUUCGAGGCAUUUAUUUGUCCCGAGACACCACAAAACAUUCUGCUGCUCCCUUUAUUGAAAUUCUCCGAAACCAACAAAAACCUCACUCUGUUCUAUAACUGUAAUUCUGAUCCUGAUGAGCUACUGACGCGAAAUACGACUGCUGAUUGCGAACCCAAUGACAACAACACAGCCUUCCACAUGAAUGCUUCAGAGCUUAAGAGGUAUAAUCAUUCCAAGUGCAAUACUGUGGAAGUUACGGUUAAUCAGGCGGUGUUCACCGAAGUCCAGAAGGGGGAACUGACAUUGCUUACUGCUUGGGGAGUUUGGUUUCAUGGGGUGUUCAACAGUAGUGCGUUUUUAUGUCAUAAAUGGGAGAUGUUAGAUGAGAUAUGUCGGAGUUUAGUUCGGCCUCCAGCUCCAGAUCCAGGUAUGGAUUAUCUAUGCAAAACCAUUUGUUUUCAAUUUGGUGUAGCGCUUACGGCUUAGGAUUAUUCUGUUCUGGCAAUUCGCAUUCAAUACACAAUUGAGUCUAAAGACUCUAUACUAUAACUUCCUGGAAACUCACUGCUUGACAUUGUUCUGGUCUACUUUGAACAAGUCAACGUGACUAGCAGCUUUGGUUGACUGGACUUUUAAACUUAACCCGUUGGAGCAAAAUUGAGAUGACAAUUUGCCCCCACGCCCAUGAUCCUCCUCGCUGGUUUUUUUCACCCAGUUGGGUAGCUAUCUAGUAAAAUUGGCCGGAGCAGAGAUGACUGAGGGAGUAAGUGCUUCUCAGUUCUCCCUCCAAGUGAAUGAAAGUUAAAACUACAGUAUUUUUUAGAAGGAUAAAAAAAAAAAAAAAAAAAAAAAAAACCUACAAAAAGUCGUUUGGGGCACGGGUUGCUUUGAGGGAACUUGUGCCUUGAGUACUAGCUAGGCUAGGAAGUAGGAACGGGUUCCUUGAGAGAACUUAUGCCUUAGGUAGCUUGUCACGGGUUGCUCAAGGGAACUUUUGCAUUGAGUAGGCUUGCUUGCAAAGCUUUCGCGAAGUUCAAGCUUGAAGCUUGCCUUGACUUCGCAUUUGAUUCAAGUGACUUGGUUAAAUUAUUUGUGUUUGACAUGGAACGUAGUAAUUUAAUGAACUUCAUUAUCUAAU